AUGAAGUCCUUACCAAACGUCCUCUCAACACUCAUCUGCUUCUUUCUUCUCCUUGCCAGAGCGGAUGUGACGCUGUACACGGUUGAAACGGCCUCAACCAACUAUACCUCCCCACUGGGAACCCCGACUAUCGCUCCCAUUGGGGUCGGAAAAGACGGGGCGACCACGUAUGCUCAACAAGUUCUCUACAGCAGCGUUGAGGUUGUGUACAGCACCCCUCCAGUGACUACAACCCUCACCGACGUCAGAACUGCUACAGAAACAUUCGUUGAAGCUGCGUCAUAUAUCUUCGUCAGCUACGCGGACGGCUCCAAUGGAAACAACCCUCAGUUCAACGGGUACGAGUCGAACUGCACAAUUUCGUCGGAAAACAAGACGGCGGCUUGCGUGCAAGUUAUCAAGGAUAUCAUCAACCAGACCACCACGACGUUCACUACGGCAGUGACGUCCAGCUACACAGGGAGGCUGGUCCCGGUUGCAACCCUCACUGGGACCUUGACGCCGCCGAAAAGCGGUGCGAGUGGGCGUGGAGAGUGGUCCAUUGCUACUUUCAUUUUUGUGCUGGUUGCUGCUGCUGGGAUGGGACUUGAAAUCGACACCUUCCACUGUAAAAGGGGCUCUUGCGAGGUCCCAUUCAAAUCGGCGACUUCUGAGCCCAGAACUCAGCCAAAGGUUGAUAAAUGGUUCAACCUUGAAACACCAGACUCGGAUCUCUUUACAAAGGAGGCACGAGAGCCCUACCGCAAUAUAUCUCUUUCAACACCCCCAGGUCCUCCACCACUCGAAAUACAGGUCCUACUGUCGAUACCCGAGUUCACCAACAACAAAGUUCUCGUCUAUAUCUCACCCGACUCUUCUCGGAUUCGAAUUGAGCCCACUCCACGGUUCAUACUUUUGGAAUCAUGGACAUUGGCGUUUACCGCCCAUUCAGAGGGCGACGAUGAUGGCGUCGACGUCGCUUUGCCCACCAUAUACAAGCACGGUAUACCCCUCUUCCGCAGUCUCUUCAGCUUGCUGAGGGUCUUGCCCACCUGGAAGCUGUAUAAGCGCCUAAAGAGACGCACAGGUGGCAUUGUUAGGAACGGUCACCUGGGCAUCCAGCUGCGUGUCCGGGCGAGCUCGGAAUCCGAGUACGACGAUACUCAGAUCAUGUCAUUCAAUACGCGUCGCCUGCCAUCUGCACUCCCAACGCAAUCCUACACCUUCUCCGCAGUGCCCCACCCCCUUGGCUCACUCACACUCUCCACUGUUUACCUUGAAACACCCAACUUUCAGCUCGACGAGCUCGAGUCCCUCCUCUCCUCACGCUUCAUCUCCCUCGACCUUGGCUUUGUGCCAACACUCACCAAGAACCACCAACGCGACUCUAUCACGGGUUCCCUCCCCAGCAGCAGUGGCAUCCCCUCACGCUCACCCCCCAAGCCAAUCGCAGAAGGAGGAAUAGACAGGUUCAUCCUCCCUGCCCUCGGGUCCAGCACCAGUUUGCCGCGGAACACCGCAAUACCCAUGCGGACCAGCUUGUCCACGUCAAGCAACCCCCACGCACUCCCACCGCCGUCCGGGCUCGCGGUUACCCGUCUACGUAGGGAGAGCCUGAACUCUUCCUCAUCCUCCGACCUCCCAUCCAUACCCUACCCUAACCCCUCACUGUCAUCCCUAUCAUCUUCCCCAUCCUCAGGGCCUCUCCCCAUCAGACGGCCCAACAUCAAUCCUGUGCACCCAUUCAAGUCAAACACGAUUUCUUCUGCAUCAGGCUCCUCGCCGUCUCUUUCCAUCAGGCAAGGCGUCGUUGGUGGAGGAUCUCCGCUCUCAUCGUCUGGCCACACGCGACAAACGUCGUCUCCUGCCCCUCGUCUCCCUCCCUCCCCAAUCGGAGGCGCGUUUGCGUUUGGAACGAAUAAGCCGUCUCCGUCGAGUUUAGGCGAUAAGCGGAGUACGAGUAGGAGUGGGAGUGUGGGCGACAGAGACCGGACGAGGAGCAUGACUGGGUCUGGGGAGGGUGAGGAUCGCCCCUUCCCUCCGAGGAAGAGGUACUCUAGCAGUUUUGGGCAUCGAUAUGUCGGGAGUGUGGGGAGCGUGAGUACUGGGGGUGCCGAUGGGAAUGGAAGUGGGAGUGGGAGGAGUACGCCGGCUGGUGCUGGUGGUUUGGCGUCCGAGUUGAUGCAGAGGGAGAGAACGCACAGUGCGGUUGGUAGUGUAACGUCGUUUUUGAGCAACACGACGGACGAUGAUGAUAUUUCGACGUUUGUGCAAGACAUUGACUCGCGUAAACCUCUCAGCGGGCGAGACAAGGAACGGGAGAAGGAUAAGGAGUCGCGACGUGCCCCAGAUACGCAAACACAGGGUGGUGCUGCGGAUGCGAAAGGCAAAGAACGGGAGAGGCCGAGAGAAGUUCCAAUGAGGAAGGGAAGCUCGACUGGGAGCUCGACAGUCAGAGCAUGGUCGGGCCAUUCCAAUGACCCGGAUUCGCCCUCAACGAGCGGUUUCACACCAGAAAGAAGGGGUUCGACUUCUCCUCCGAGAUCUGCAUCACCCACGUCCGUCGCUGCCUUGACGUCUGUGUCUCCUGGACGUGGGCCCAUGUUGACGAGCCAAGGAGAGGUUGACGAGAGGUUGAAGAAGAUGAAUGAGACGUUUAUGAAGAGUCUCGAGGGAUUCAGUGGAAGCUCGAGAAGGAAGGAUAGGAAGAGGGUACAAGACGAUGCUAACGAACAGCAGCAGCAGCUACAACACAGACGGGCAAACACAGUCCAUGAACCUACGUCUUCCAGAGGUGGGACUAUCGCUAUUGCUGGGCGAGGAUUAGGGCUGGGAAGAGCGCAUGAUGUGGAUUCGGUACACUUCAGAAGCAGAAGAAGUCCGAGUCCUAGCAGCGCUUAUUCUCCUGGACGGGGGAGGGGGCGGGAUGGAUCUUUGAGUCGUAGCACGGGGUCUGAGGAGGUUAUGGGCAAGAUGGAGCUGUAUGAGGAACGAAGGCGGAUAUGUUUCCUUCGGAUUUACAUUUUACGACGAAGAUGGACAGAAUGA